AUGAUUAUCUACAAAGAUGUUAUAAAUGGAGAGGAAAUAGUCUCUGACGCUUACAAUCUUAAAGAAGUCGAUGACUUUGCUUACGAAGCCGAUGGCAGGCUUAUCACAGUCAAAGCCGGCGCAGACGUUGAUAUUGGUGCAAAUCCAUCAGCAGAAGAGCAAGAAGAAGCUCUCGAAGAAGGAUCAACCCAAGUUAUCGACAUAGUUCACGCAUUCCGUCUCCAAUCAGCCACCUUUGAUAAAAAAUCCUACAUGUCCCAUAUCAAAGUUUAUAUGAAAAAAAUCAAAGAACAUCUUACAAAGGCUAAUCCGGAUCGAGUACCGAUUUUUGAGAAACAAGCAGCGACUUUUGUUAAAAAGGUUAUUGGCUCAAUCGGAGAUUACGACUUUUAUGUUCCUUCAGGUUUUUAUAAUCAUGACACAGAAGGAAUGGUUAUAUUGGUGAACUAUCGUGAAGAUGGUAUUACUCCUUAUUUUACUUUCUUCAAAGAUGGGCUCUUGGAAGAAAAAGUGGUACGUCAUCUAACUACUGAAAUCGUCAAAGCUAUAACAAUAAUUCAGACGUCAUAA